GAAAAACUAUUGCUAGAAAUUGAGAGAGCACAGAAAUAAAACUUCAAAAAGAAUUCAAUAUGCCUCUUCUUCUUCUCAGUUGAGAACUCAGUAGUUCAGACCAGAGCUUUACUUCACUCUGCUGUUUCACAAGAAAGAAGGGAAAGAAGAAAAGAUUUGUCCGGUGUUGUCAGUAAUCCAGUGAUAUUCCAUUUCUGAGAUUUCCCUCCUUACUAUAUACGCCCCUGACAUUUCUUGACUGCAUUGGCCCAAAAGGGAAAGGGUUUAAAGCUCAGUUCCAAUUUGCAAAAAUUCGAUAUCCCACAGAAUCUGGAAAUGCUGGUGUUAAUGCUUUACUCUCGGAACAAGUUUGAUCCCAGAAGAAAUGUUUUGAGAUUGGUCGCUUAACAUUCUUGGCCUGCAGUCGUAGUGUUUGACAAAUUGCCUCAGCAAUGUCUUUUUUCUCUUUCUGAUAUAUUUCAUGACUGUUAAUUGAGCUCUUUGUUCAGAGAUGGAAGUGGCGGAAAGUUUGAUUCAUAAAAUUCAUAGUUCCUUCACCGGUGGCGGUAUACAUUUUGCAACUCCAGUUUCAUCUUUGAGGACAAAUGAACUCGACCUGGUCCGAGGAGUGUUGCAAAUGUUGCAGGGUUUAUCGAGUUCCCUAUUUUAUUGGGAUGAUAGGGUACAAUGUUUUCACUUCAAAAACGGGAUUUAUGUGACUCAUCUUUCGCAGACAAGUUUGUAUCGCAUACUCGAUCAGUUUUCAUAUGCUGCAACAUGUUUACAAUUGGUUGAUAUUGUGGUGAACAAAAUUGAAAAAUCCAAGAGUUUGCCUCCACCUACUUUAAAAGCAUUUGCUUGCUCCGUCAGUACAUGGCUUAGAAGGAUACGGGAUGUUGCUUUGAAAGAAGAGGUCAAAGUAAAUAGCUCAAAUGGUAGUACCACCCCGUCUAUCUUGGGUUUGUCAAGUUCUUUAUCAAGGCUUUGCUCACAAGCUGAAUAUUUGUUUCAAAUAGUGCAUGGAGCCAUCCCUCAAUUAUAUUUUGAACGUGAGUCAUAUUUUCCUGCUGCGGAUAUUGCCGUUCACAUUCUGAAUCAUCUUUAUGUGAAGCUGAAUGAAGUUUGUCUUGUGCAAGGGGGAGAGGAGGAUGCAUACCGAAUGCUACUCUAUAUACUCGUGGGAAGCUUGCUGCCAUAUAUUGAGAUCCUUGAUUGUUGGCUUUUCCAAGGAACUUUGGAUGAUCCUUUCGACGAGAUGUUUUUUGUUGCAAACAAGAAAAUUGCAAUAGAUGAGGCUGAAUUUUGGGAGAAAAGCUAUCAGCUGAGAUCAGCUAUGCCUGAAAAAUUAAAUUUUGCAGAUUUUGCCUCAGAUUUUCUACCUUCAGCUAAAGAGAAAAAGGAUGUGAUUGGUAGAGUGUCCAUAUCUUUGUCUAGUUUUCCCGGAGGGAAAGAAGAAAAUAAAAGAGACUUUCAAGUUUGUCCAUUCUUCAUCAAGGACAUUGCUAAGGCAAUCAUUUCUGCUGGAAAAUCAUUGCAGCUGAUCCGUCAUGCUCCUAUAACAUCUCUUUCAGCAGAUUCCACAGAUGAUGUUGGGAAUGGGUAUAGCAUAGCUGGGUUAACCUUGUCGGAGGUCUUUUGCGUGUCACUAACUGCGCUUAUUGGUCAUGGUGAUCACGUUGCUGAGUAUUUGUGGAAAAAUGACAAACAUUCACUUGGAUCCAUCAAGGAAUGUCAGGAGCAGGAGGAGAUUGAUGUAGCGGCUAACAAACAGCCAAAAUUAUUCUGGCAGAAGUUAUUGGAUGAUACAUUAGCCCAAAAGAGAGAUAGCAGUUUUGUAUCUUCCUUACGAGAAGGUGCAACUAAUUACCAUAAUCUGAAUGGAAGGAGAAUUUAUUUAGAUGAAAUAGACAUAGUUCGCCAGACACAUUGUCCCGAAAAUCCAGCUAUUAACGUUUGUCAUGGAAUUCUUCAGGAGAACAGAGAAGCUUGGAGCUCAUUGAAUAUUUCUCAAUCCUUUUAUCUUCCCCCUUUAAAUGAUGAGUGGCUAAGGCAGGCUAUAUUCAGUGAUAAAUGUGCACAUGGGUUAACAGUCAAGAACACAGAUUAUACAUCUGGUUUUCAUAGUGAAUUGGAAAAUUUGAGGUUCCGCGAAGAUGCAAAAAUGCUUGAAGUUUUGCUUCCCUUUCCAACCCUUCUUCCAUCUUUCCAGGAGGACCUUCAGAUGUCGGAGGUUUUACCCUUCCAAAUUAAUUGCACUCUUUCAUCAAAAAUUCUUAGCUGGAUUCAAAAUGUUGAGCCUAAAAGUACUCCACCUCCUGCAGUAAUUCUUCAAGAAUGCCUUAUCUUCUACAUUAAGAAGCAGGCUGAUUAUAUUGGCAGGACUAUGUUGUCAAAAUUACUGAAUGAUUGGAGGUUGCUAGAUGAGUUGGCAGUGUUGCGUGCUAUAUAUUUGUUAGGAUCAGGUGAUCUUUUGCAGCACUUCUUGUCAGUGAUCUUCAAUAAGCUAGACAAAGAGGAAUCCUUAGAUGAUGAUUUUGAGUUGAACACAAUAUUGCAGGAGUCAAUCAGGAAUUCUGCUGAUAAUGUGCUGCUAAGUACACCCGACUCGUUAGUUGUAUCAGUAGCCAAAAAUCUAGGUUUCAAUGAAGAUGAACAAUACAGUCCAUCUAUUUCUGUCUCAACUCCUCGCAAAGGAAGAGGACAGAGCUCUAUGGAUGUCCUUGACUCUCUGACGUUCACAUAUAAGGUCUCUUGGCCACUUGAACUUAUUGCCAACCUGGAAGCAAUGAAGAAAUAUAAUCAGGUGAUGAGUUUCUUAUUAAAGGUCAAACGUGCAAAAUUUGUGCUUGAUAAGGCUCGGAGGUGGAUGUGGAAGGGUAGAGGCACUAUAACAAUGAAACAGAAACGCCACUGGUUGCUGGAGCAAAAACUGCUUCAUUUUGUGGAUGCCUUUCACCAAUAUGUCAUGGAUAGGGUUUAUCAUAAUGCAUGGCGUGAACUUUGUGAGGGUGUUGCGGCAGCUGGAACUCUGGAUGAAGCAAUUGAAGUACAUGAAGCCUACUUGUUGUCAAUUCAGCGACAAUGUUUUGUGGUUCCAGACAAGCUGUGGGGUUUGAUCGCUAGCCGCAUAAAUAGUAUCCUUGGGCUAGCUCUGGACUUCUAUUCCAUACAACAGACCCUAAGCAGCGGUGGAGCAAUUUCUGCAGUCAAAGCAAGAUGUGGGAAGGAAGUGGAGCGAAUAGAGAAACAAUUUGAUGACUGCAUGGCAUUUCUUCUCAGGGUAUUCUUUUGUCACGAUUCUCUUGAACUAAGAUUCUAUCUGUCAAGCUCAAUGUAGGGCAAUUUCCUCACUUGGCAGCCCUUGUUACUCGAAUCAACUACAACUGUUUCUACAUGUCCGAUGGUGGAGUCUUGGCAACCGCUCCUGGUCCUGGUGGCUUGCGUCCAGCAUAAUUAACUCUAUCCCAAUGUGAGUGAAUAUAUUCAUUUAUCAACAAAUGCUGCUUUCUUGGAUGUUGUUGGUAUGUGUAAAAUUCCUUGUUUUACUGGAAACAUGUACAAGACUUGAUCUUCCAUCUGAAAAUGAUUAUUGUUGCUGGAGCUUUCAACUCUCAGCAUGUGAUAUAUAUAAAAGUUUGACUUUGCUGUAAUCUAUCAGUCUUGUACAGCAAAAUACGUUGUACAUACCAAUAUAUUAGAUGCAUAUCGAAUAUAUACUUCAUUCUUUAUGAUUCAGUUAUGUAGGGGUGCUUUACAGAGCUGUAAUAGAUAACUCAUCCAGUUAGCUGCAAGCAGAUAGCUGACCAUAUAGGGUGCACCAUUUGUUAAAUUCUAAGUUCCAACACAGAUUAAAUGCGGAGAGAAUUGCAUUUUUCACUUUUUCUUCUAGCA